UCCAAAAUUCAUGGGAAGACGAAGACAAAAAUUUGAGCCAUAGAUUAUCUCAAGCUCUCACCCUUCUCAUCUCUUUGAUUUGACUGUCUCUCUCUCUCUCUCUCUCUCUCUCUCAGCAACAAGAAGCUCUUUUACAUAAGCCAUCGCAAAGCCAUUUCUUUUAUUGGGUAUGUAAAUCAAUGAACUCUAUCCACACUCUUCCGUACUCUUCUUCUCCACGCUACUUCUUCACCCGCAACUCCUUCUCUGUUAAACGCCGCCGUUCUCGCCAUUCCCGACGGCACAGCACCACCAAGACCUUCGAAAUCAAUCCCGGCAAGCGCUCUUUAGCUAACGAUCAUGUUAACGAUACCCAAAGUCUCAAAUUAGUUGUUGAUGUUAACCAAAUAUCAUCUCUAACCUCUUCUAGAUUCCAUCGAUUUGUUUCUUUGGCGGAAGAUGCUUAUUAUGACUUGAAGACUCUCAUUACGGUAGACGAGAAUAAUCGGAUUCUGUUCUCGUGUCGCAAAUCGACUCUGCAGUUUACUGGCGCUGUGUUGCUUUGUGGGUUUGUUUUAGUUUCGACGAUUAGGGUUUUAAUCAAAUUGUUGUUGGGGUUUAGGAGUAGGUUAAGGGUUCCGAGACAGAAUGUUGUGGUUCGUAGGGACAGGAGUCUUGGAGGGAGAGAGGUCGUUGUAGCCACGACAGUGAAUGACAGAGGACAUGUGAAGAGGAAGAGUUCCAGGGUUCUGGACAAUCCCCUUUCACUACCGGGUUGGGUUUUUGGUUCGGAGUUGGGAAGAGAUGAUUGGAGGAGUUAUAGGGUAAGGAGCCAAGCGAAGUUGCCAAAAUGGUGGCCAGUUUCAGUGGCCGCGGAGCAGGACCUGGUGGUGGAUAAGCAGGAGUACCAGAGGGAAGCCAACAGAUUAAUACGAGCAAUCACGGACUAUAAAACAAGUGGAAAGGAUGUUACAGAGCAUGAUAUAAUUCAAUUACGUCGAAUAUGCAGGACAUCUGGAGUGCAGGUUUCCUUUGACACCACAAAUACACGGGAUUCUUUCUAUCGUGCAUCUGUUGACUAUGUUUUGAAAGUAUGCAGCAGUGCCCCAAGUUACCAUAAUGUUAUUCAAAUUGAUGGUGAAGAUGCACAGCGGUUCAUUGCUGGGCUUGCUGAAAACAUUGGGCUUGAGAAUAUUCGUGCUGCUAGAAUGGUGUCUGCAGCUGUUGCUGCUCGCACACGAUCGUGUUUCUUACAGGCAUGGGCUCUAGAAGUCCAAGGUAAACAUUCUGAAGCAGUACUGGAACUGUCAAAGAUAUGCCUUGUUCUCCGAGCAUUUCCUCCUGAAGAAUCCUCACCUGAGAUGGAGAUGGUUGCUCGGGGCCUAGGAAAACACUUGAAAGUGGAGCAGAGGGAACUUUUAAUGGAUAUGUAUGUUUCAGUUUGCAGUGAAGAGUCUCAUAGAAGUGCAGCAGAUGCUCUUGGUUUGAUGCUCUCACCUAGAGGUGUUGGUGACCAACAUGACAGCAAGCAUACAUGAAUAUUGUCUCGAAAUACAUUUUAAUUUUUUUUUAUUAUACAUGUAUUAAUUGCAAUUUAAUAAAGGUCAUAGUGUAGAUUGCCAAUUAAUCAAUAUCAUUAAUUUCUUGUUCUGAGUAA